AUGGCAAAACGUUCAAUUAAAGCUGUACAAGAUAAAGAAUUAAAAAUUUUAUCAAGUAUUUUUGAACCUGUUUGUCAUCGUAUACCAUCCUAUUUUGUUAGUUCCGAUGAUGUUCCCGUUGGAAAUGAAACUGAUGAUCAUUAUUGGAUUAGUGCUCAUACAUAUGAAGAGGCAUUUGAUAAAGUUGCACAAAGAUUUAAUAUUGCAAAAGAUAAAAUCCGAUUAACACAAGAUGAAGAUGUACUUGAUACAUGGUUUUCAUCAAGUCUUUUACUAUUUUCACCAUUUGGUUGGCCAAUGGAAACAGAUGAUUUUAAAAAAAAAUUUCUAACAACAUUACUCGGAAUAGAUCAUAAUAUACUUUUUUCUUGGGUUGCACGGAUGGUAAUGAUGUCAUUAGAAUUAACUGAUCGUUUACCAUUUACAGAAGUUUAUCUACAUGCAAUUAUUCGUGAUGCAGAUGAAUGUAAAAUGUCACAAACUUUAGGAAACGCUAUUAAUCCACUUGAUUUCAUCCAUGAUAUAUCAUUAGAAAAACUUCAAGAAGAAUUCAAAAGUUCAAAAGAAGAUUAUCCAGAUGGUAUUCCUGAAUGUGGAACUGAUGCAUUACGUUUUGCUGUUUGUGAUUAUGCUGCUCAAGGUCAAUAUAUUAAUUCGAAUAAAUUUCGUGUUGAACGUUCUCGAGAUUUUUGUAAUGAUCUUUGGAAUGCUAUUCGAUUUGCAAUGUCAAAAAAUUUAGAUAUUAAUGAUUCAAAUUGUUUUCAACCAUCAACAGAAUUUAAAGUAAUAAAGAUAUUUCAAAUUAAAAAAUAA